GAGCCAACUGGGAUGGCCGAACAACCGCCUUGUUGCUUGACCUAGUCCAGAAACAGAAAGACCAAUGUCACUGGGGACAUAACUCGCCCUCCAAUAUCGGCUGGAGCAACAUUGUGUGUGAGUUCAACAGUACCACACAACAUGGGUAUCCCAAGAAGGCGCUCCAGAAGAAAUACCAUGACCUAAAAAGGGCGUACUUCAAUUUUUGUAGUGGUUUGACCCAUACUGGCCUAGGCCAUGACCCUUUAACUGGUGAUAUGGCCGUUGAUCCCUCUUGGCUUGCAGAUGGACCAGGGGAAAGUAGCCAAAAGGGAACUGAGAUGUUCAAACUCCACAAUGCCGUGAGCUCCUGGUCAAUAUUUUGGGAUGCACCCCAGGUGACAAAGGUGAGUUGUUUGUUGCCAGAGGCCAUGAACCUGAGGAGACCCCCAAGUGAUAGCUCUCGUACUCCUAAAAACAUGUCAGCCGAUCCCCUACAUCAACAUAGUGGUGGUCAGUCAUCUAAAAGAUUGACUAGGGACCAUUCCGUCAAUAGUCCCUACAAGAAGAGUAGUAGGAAUCAUUCCAUUGAUAAAACCCUUGACAACCUAAACAACAUGAUCAAGAGAUCGGUGAUGCGUGAGCAGAAGCGGCACAAGAAGUGCAAGGACACUUACCGGGAGGAGAGUGCCCAAGUGAAGCAGAUUUUGCGGGAAGAUGGUUACAAAGAGGGAGAUGAGGUGUUCAUGCAGGUGCUCAAUCUUACCCUAGACGACAACCGUCGACAUGCUUUUCUGGAUUUGGAAACUAAAGUGGGCCCACUGCAAUGGGUGAAGGUGUCCUGGGCCUUUAGUGCUACGACCUCAAAGUGAUAAUGAGCAUCAUUUGUCCUAUGGCUGCUUAAGUUCAGUUAAUUUCUAGCAUGAGUUUGUUUAGUUUGUUUUUCAACAUGAGCAUGUUUAGUUAUUUGUUUGCCGACAUGAGUUUGUUUACUUAUUUGUUUGCCAGCAACAGUUGUGUAAUGUUUGUUGUAAUAAGUAUA